AUGCAGAUGGCCUCAGACGAAGAUAUGGAUGGCAGCGUGCUGACGGCGCGGGAGUUGGUGGCCCGAUAUGAAUACCAACUACUCCAUGGCUGUCAACACGCCAACUGCACCGAGCCGCUCUGCCUCACGGGACACUCCAAUGUCAGCGAUCGUGCUGUCCGCAAGUACACCGCGCGCUCCGCCAAGACGGUGGCCAUGGCCCUCUGCGCAGGACCACGCCCUCGCCUUCACUUAUGCCGCUAUUGCGUGCCCUCGCCCUCUGAUCCGGCACCGCCCAGACCUGCUUCGUCCUCGCCCUCGGACCUGCGUGAUCCUUCUUCACUGAGUCAGUUGUUGAGCGACACCCAGGCUGUUCAGUCGUUUCAUAUCUCGGGCUCUGCUUCGGACAUGCUGGAGCUGGCUUCAAAGCACCGUCUGCUGGACCAGCUGUUGACUCCGAGCAGUAGAAAUUUCUGGUCCAGCAGAGACCUCCCCAACGCCCUUGCUUCGUGUCUGGACUGGCUGCUAAAUCUCCUCCCCAACCAACGUCCAGCGAUUUGGGAAAUGUUGAACUGCGAAAUCAUUAGCAAAGGCUCUGCAGUUCCAUCAACCGUCGAGAGUAAGCCCAGCGACAGCAAAUGGAACGCAUGGGUCGAGGUGCUGGACAUCCUCGACAAUCCAGCUUACCUUCGUCUGUGGGAACGCGCAUUGCGUGUGGUGGGUGGGAGAAUGAGCAGUGGGCCGGGGCCGCCAGAGAACGCCGCAGGUGGGCGAACAAGCGGUGAUGGGGGAGACAAUGGUGCGAUUGACAUGCUGAUAUCGCACGUGAGCAGUCGUGAAAACGAUCGGUCUCAUAUACCGCUCGCCACAAUCGUGUGGCUAAAGAGACUGUUUGCGACGGUGUGGGAUGGCAAUCCUGUUCUGGAUCGAGGCUCCGUCGCCCACGUGAUACUGGAGCUUCUACAGUCGUGGAAACAUCUAGGGACUAUCACAUCUCGAGAUGCCUUCCAGAUGCCUCUCAUACGUCUCCGACUCGCCGACAUGGACCUGGCUUCGUCGUGGUACAUGUGGAACUCUGCCUCCGACGACACGAAAAAGAAGCAUAUCCUCAACUUCCAGUACCUCUUCUCUUCCGAAACCAUCACGACGUGCUUUCGAGCCGUCAACUUGCGGCGCAUGAGUCGGGCAAGUGGCAGCGCCAUCAAAUCAGGCGAGUAUCGCCAUCGCCACAACCUUGAUCGUAACAGCGACACAGACCAAUUGCCGCCACAACUCCAGCACCAAGAGGAACACUACAUGCUGCUGUACGUCAGUCGUAGUAAUCUACUGAAGGAUACCUUUGACCAGCUGUGGCAACGAAGAAAAAGUGAGCUUCGCCGACCUUUACGAGUGCGGAUGGGUGCAGACGAGCUCGACAUUGGGCACGACCUGGGUGGCGUGCAGGUGGAGUUCUUCAACAUCGUCUGCAAGCACAUCUUUUCCGAGGAAGCACAAAUGUUCACCACCGAUCCUCAGACAGGGUUGAGCUACUUUACCGCAGGCAGCCUUCAGCCCCUAUACAUGUUUGAACUGUUUGGUCUGCUGCUCGCACUGGCUAUCUACAACGGCAUCACCUUGCCCGUUCGCUUACCCAGAGUGUUAUAUCACGUCCUUUGUGACGUCGAACUUCCCCAACCGCUCGCAAUGAUCGAAGAUGCAUGGCCGACUCUCGCCAGAUCACUGCGUAGUCUCCUCGGCGAAUUUGUGGAAGAUCUCGAAUAUGCAUUCCCCUUGGAGGCAAACGGGCUGAGGCUCUCGUGCCUCCAUGUGGGAAAUCGCCACGCGCUGCUCACGGGCGGCAGAAGCGAGCUGUGCAUCCACACCGCCUCGCUCUCGUCCAGCGCGUGCGGUGCAAUGCCUGACAUCACGGAAAUGGAGCAUGCAUGGCCGGGUUGGAAAUUGACCAUGUCCACCUCGGCAGCAGAGCCUCAAGCGGUGACACCAGAGCACGUGGAAGACUACAUCAACGCCUACUCGCAGUGGUUAUGCUUCGACUCGGUGUUGCCUCAACUCGAAGCCUUCAUCCACGGCUUCCGCAGCAGCGCACUCAUCGAUUCACAGACCUUGUCGCUGCUGGGCCCCUCCCGCCUCCAAGCCUACGUCGAAGGCAUGGACAUGUUGAACAUUCACGAUCUGAAAGCUGCCGUGCGCUACGAUGGCUAUGUGCCCACACAGAAAUACAUUUUGGCCUUCUGGCGCGUGAUCGCGUCAUGGCCCCCAGAGAAGCAAAAGCUCUUGCUGAAGUUUGUGACGGCGACAGAACGGAUCCCGAUUAGUGGCGCGAGCAGUCUGACGUUUAUCAUCAAGCGGGCGUAUCCCGAGACUUUGCAGGCGCUGCCGACGAGUUCGACGUGUUUUGGAACGUUGAUGUUGCCUCGUUAUCCGAGCACGGAAAUCAUGGCGGAGAAAUUGAGCCUUGCUCUGAAAUUUGGAGCAGAGGGAUUUGGAGCUGGAUGA